CAACUUUACAGUUUACAUACAUAGAACCCGUCGAAACAUUCUGGGAGGCUCCUGCUCUGCCUCCGAAGACCGUUCCGGCGGCAAAAUUUUUCAACCUUGUCAUCCACUGAAUAAGUCUAUGCUGGCCAGAAUAAGCGACGACAAAUAAUCCUACUUUACCUGUGUUGGGAGAUGGCUCUUCAGUGUUUCGAAUGGAUUGCACAUCUGAUUAGCUUGUUUCCGGUUCUCACGAAUAGAGAUGUUAUUAAGCAACUCCCUGAUGAUGUAGUUAUAGACAUACUAAGUAGGCUCCCUGCUGAACGCGUUUUAGAAUGCCGAAGGGUUUGCAAAAGGUGGAGAUCAUUGACAUCCUCGCAGUCUUUUGUCAAUUUGCAUCUCUGUAGAGCUACCACCCCAGCCAUAUUUGUUCAUAGCUUCUUUCACUGUAGGAGAGGAAAAGAAGGGUUGGGCUUUUUUGUUUAUAAUCCUACGAUCAAGAAGAAAAAGAUGAAUAAAUUGUGGCUACGGCCAGGAUUGAAAAUCAGUCAUCAUUUUACUCGUCUCUUUGAUACUUGUUGUGGGUUAGUGUUGCUCACACACUGGCCUAAUGCAUUAGAAUGUUAUGUUUUCAACCCGGUUACACAAGAACAAGUUGGUAUACCUUGUCCUCCAUCAAGAACUUUUCCUCCGUGCCCGUGGGGUUUCGUAUGUGGCUUCUUUUACCAUCCACAAGCAAAGAAAUUCCAUAUUCUUUACAGAGGUUCUGUUUGUGGGCGCAUAAGCUAUUAUGUGUAUACUCUUGGAACCCAUGUUUGGAGGCGUAUAGAGUCCCCUUCAUGUCAGUCUCGGCCUACUCAUAAUUCACCCGCAGUCUACAAUGGAGCUCUGUAUUGGAUUGCAGACUGGAAUUACGAUAAUUACAAUGAGAUCCCUCCUUGCACUUGUGGAGUCUUGGCUUUCGACGUGAUUGAAGAAAAGUUUCAGGUCAUGCCUCAUCCUGGUGAUGAAUGCCGAUACAAAAGGGAACAUGAAAACAUGUCUCUUCUUGCGGAAGCCGAUUGUUUAUACUUUUCCUAUGUGCGGUAUUAUGCAAAACUAAUUGAGAUAUGGACAUUAAGGGACCAUUCAACUUGGGAAUGGGUUAAAAAGUGGAAGCUUUGUUUAAACGUGGUUCCUGCAACUUAUUUGGAGCCAGAUCAUACACUGAAAGGCUAUCCCCUCUACGAGGUAAAGCUUGUUCACAUUCAGGAUGGGCAACUCUGGUUCGAUUGCGCCAAAGAAGGCCUAUACCUCUAUCGGCUUGACCAUAUGGCUCUUGUCAAACACAGAGGACCACCCCCGGCAGAUGGGUUGACUGACCAUUGUUGCAGAGUUCUCACGAAAAGCCUCGUGAGCAUUCGUCAAAUGUUUCACGAAUGAGAUCAAGGAUUAAACUGUUCUUCUCAUUUGUUGCAUGUGUUAGGUUUGCACAUAGUCAUGUUGCAGAUAUUAUUGUUGUUGUACCAUUAACCUUUUAUUUCUGAACACUGGAAAAACUUUAGUGAUGUCGUCGUUGAUGUUGCUUCUGAUGAGUCCACUUAUUGGAUUACUUAUCAACUGGCAAAAAUUAGUUUCAGAGCCGAAAGAAUGAUUGUUGAAGGGUAGUUGUUUUCUUCUUAUUAAUCUUUAGUAACAAAAGACGAUAAUAGACCCAUGAAAACCAUAUGUAUAACCUUCUACUCUGCCAUGAUCUAAA